AUGGACGUCCUGUUCGCCUUCACGGGCGACAAGUUCGCGGUCGUCGUCUCGGACACCACGAGCGUGCAGCAGAUCAUCGUUCAGAAGGACGACGAGGAGAAGACGCUCGAUCUCGACUCGCACAAGCUGCUCGCCAUGUCCGGCCCGAAGGGCGACUGCGUUCACUUCGGGGAAUACGUCCAGGCGAACAUGAAGCUGUACGAGCUGAAGAACGGGCACAAGCUGUCGACGCACGCGGCGAUGUCGUUCAUCCGCGGCGAGCUCGCGGCCGCGCUGAGGAAAGGGCCGUAUCAAGUGAACAUGUUGCUCGCCGGGUACGACGAACACGAGGACGACGCGUCGCUGUACUUCAUCGACUACCUCGCGUCCACGCAAAAGGUAAACAGCGGCGGGCACGGGUACGGCGGCAUGUUCUGCCUCUCGCUGUUCGACAAGCACUGGAAACCGAAGAUGACGCGAGCGGAGGCGGAUGUCCUCGUGGACACGUGCAUCGCCGAGGUGAGGGAGCGACUGGUCACGGCGCCGGCGAAGUAUCACGUGAAGAUCGUGGAUAAGACCGGGACGUCGUGCACGCUGUACGACUGCGUGGAGAAGGCUGCGGAGAAGGCGAGGAUGGCGGCGUGA